CCCCGCUGUAUCCCACCAUUCCUUUGCCCUUCACCUCAAUCGAUUUCGAAGCUGAAGAUAUUAAGAACAUAAAAUACCAAAAAUACCUAGAAAAUGCAACCAUGCUCUCCAGUUUGAUUUGAUCGGGAUUUUUGCCCUUCGUUGCAGAUAAAUUUCUCUAGGUUUUCCCUCUCCGGCGAGCGCCAGGUUGUGGAUAGCGGUAAUCGAUUUUGUUUUUGGGGGAUUUGGUUGAUGUUGUGAUGAAAUCGACAGAGGUGUAUUGGAGGAUUGUUUGGAUCUAAGGUUGUGGAAGGGCGGUAGGAGGAGGAGACGAUGGAUCCAGAGGAACUUAGGUCGGUGUUGAGAAGCACAGGCGUGGAUCUAUGGACGCUAAUCGAGACGGCGAUCGCCGUCGCAGCUGCGGAGCACGGGAGGGAGCUGAGGGCUCGUAGAGAUGGGAUCGUGGAGAGGCUUUACUCUAUGGCGGAUGGCCGUUGCUUGAGCUGUGAUGGGAAGAUGGUGGGCUCCCGAUCCAAGCGGAGCAGUAGCCCUGGCGAGGAGCGUAAGGCGUCGAAGGGGAAAGAAGAAGAGGUAGGAGAGCAGGAGGAUGUGGAGGAGGAGGAGGAGGAAGAGAGGGAUUAUCGUGCUAUUGAUGAUGAACAGAGUAAGAUUCUCGCUAUCAAGGAUUUUCUCGAUGAUCAAGAUCAGUCUGAAGAUUCUCUGGUUAGCCUGCUGCAAAAUCUCGCCGACAUGGAUAUCACCUUCAAAUCUCUCAAGGAAACCGAUAUCGGCAGGCAUGUGAAUGGUUUGCGAAAGCAUCCGUCAUCAGAAGUAAAAAGACUUGUGAAGCAGCUCGUCAGAAAGUGGAAGGAAACCGUGGACGAGUGGGUGAAAUUGAAUUCUGCUAACGAUAACUCGUCUCCUGCAAUCAUCACUGAUGGAGACUCCCCCCAACAAAUGCCAGCCAAGAACAACCAGAACGGACAUCAGACUCCGGAUUUGACUUGUUCGCCCAAUCCGCACGCUCAAAAUGGGAGCUGGCAGCACGAUAGAAAUAACUUGGAAUCAGUAGAACACAAGGCAAGACCAGCUCUGCGCAGAGAAGCUCCACCGAAGCCAACCAACUCAACCCCCUCUGCAAUAGCUAAAAUGAAGGAGAAGGAUGGCUUGCUAGACCCGGAUAGGUUGGCUUCAGCAAGGAAGAGGCUUCACGACAAUUACCAGGAAGCUCAAAAUGCGAGAAAACAGAGGACGAUUCAGGUUAUGGAUAUUCACGAAAUCCCCAAACCCAAAAAUGCCUUCUUUGCGCGGAACAAGGGUGUGUUUCAGGCCAAGCAUUGAUGAACUGGGCUAAAAGCCGGAGUAGGGUCACCGGCCGGCCGGUCUACAUACCAGAGGAUCUUCAUUUUUAUUUUUCUCUGAUCCAAAAAUGGAUUUUGAGACUGUAUUUUUUCUUUCUUAGAUUUUUUUUUCCGGAUUUUAUCUUAUAUAGUAAUUAUCUUUUGUUGCUAGGGGAUAUUAUCUAGCUGUGAAUAUCUGAUUUGUGUGUUAGGCUUUAUAUGUUGCAAUUGUUUAAUAUUUGGCAUAUUGGUUGGAAAGAAAGUGAAGGAUUAUAAAGUA